AUGUUUAACAAAGUGUCAUCCAAGCGAAGUCCCCUUCCGCCGCAGAAGGAGCUGGAGCUUGCCAACAUUUAUCUGGAGCAAGGUCGCAUUGUCAGCGAGGAAGGGAAGCACGAGAUCGCGCUUGUGCUAUGUGAGGAGGCGGAGGCAUCGUUAUCCCAAAUGAAGAAAGGUGUGAAAGCCGCCGAGGCCGUCCAGGACGUUGCGGAUCUCCGCCAUGGUAUCGCUUGUGCUUUUGUCAAGCUCAGUAAACUCUUGGACGAACUGAAGAGGCAGGAAAGAGCAAAGGAGAGCUACAAGAAGGCACAGGAGUGGGGAUACUCCGAGGUGCAGAAGUUGUCCAUCUCGACUUUGCCGUCCCUUGAGACUGCAGUUUCCAUCGCGAUUCAGCCGCCCCUUGAAGCCUCGGUUUUUGUCGCAGCUCAGCCGUCACUCAAGACCACCAAAACAACCCAGCGGUCACUCAAGACCACAGCGUCUACCGCAGUCCAGCCGCCACUCGAGACUUCUGAUUCCGUCGCAACUCAGCCAGCGCUCCGCAGAUCGGCCACCAUUGAUAUCGACGUGUCUGUCAUUGGUGACUUUUUUGUCCAAGACAAGAACCCGCCUGUAAUCGAGUACAAGUUACCAGAACCAGAUGAGCGUCUUGUCAACACACACCAGCUUGUCUAUUGCCUUGGGCUCUUGAAAGCUCCGCCGUCAUCGGAGGACCUUCGUCAGAACUCUGCCCUCAGCUGGGUCCAAGCAACACGAAACAAUGAAGACGAGCAGGAAAGACUGAACACCUUGACGACGAAUCUAGUCCGCGCGUUCAUUCGAGAUGAGUUGAAGGGUCCAACGGCUAUUGCGGAGGUCGCAUGCAUGGCCCCAUUCCUCAACAGGGACGACUUUCGAUGCCUGCUGGAACUGUUUAUCGGCAGCAUUGAAAAAUCCACCUUGUUGGAUAUCCAUUCUCUUGAGGGACUGGCCAAGCUGGUACAGGGUGCGAACGAGGGCUACGUCGAGGCGGCUGAUCUAGUUAAGAUCCUGGGAGUCCUCAACACACGCUUGCAAACCACCCACGCGCAAACUCAAAGCUAUAUCUAUCAGCUCAUGUUGGCCGUGUCGUGUGUCCUGGACGCCAUGGCCGACUGCAAGGUCGAGGGCUUGGAUCGUGUAACUCUUCACGAAUGCCUUUCUGGAUAUAUUGACAAGCUGAAGGGCAGCGCCGACCCCCAUAUGGUGUACCUGGCCGCCUAUGCCUUUCAGGCUCUGGAGUGUGUGCCUGACAACGAAAGCCCCUGGCAGGCCACAAAACGGCGCACAGGAAACGUGAUGCAGGGCGUCUUCAGUUUGGUGAAGGCGGUGAAGGGCCUGGAUAUUGAUAGCUUUCUGCAAGGCAUACAACAUAUCGAAGACGGCCUGGAUGGAGCGGUCAAGGUCUUCCAAACUCUCCAAGAUGGUUACAAUAACGUCACUGCACUGGUAGACAGUGGCCAGGGCCUGUUUGAAGCGCUCAGAGAUGCUCUCAGUUUUGACAGUAAGCGUUCCUGGUACUCGGCUUUGCGAGGCCUAGACAGGGUGCUCCGGGACGGCCAACUCUCCAAGUUCAGGACCCUCGUCUUCGAGGCUCCAUGCCGACGCAGCCUUGCCUUUCAGUGGGGAGUGUGCCAGCGCUUAGGAGAUCUUGCAGCCAAUACAGCCUGGGAUGCAGAGUCGCGUGAGGAUGCCCUAGAGUUCCUGGCAGAGAUCUAUCAGAAUGAUGCCGUCUGGGGCCAUCACGAACAUAUCAAGCAAAAGAUCUUGGAUAUCCUUUUACACUUGCAGCAGCAGUCUGAGAAUGCCAUCCAAGCGUUUGAUAGCGCAACUGCCAGAAAAGUGCUGCAGAGACUGGGACGCAUCGGCGAUAAGGCGAAGCAAGCACUUUACAGUGAUUGUCUGGAGCAGGGUCCCAGCAAACACCCAUUAAAGAUCUCACAGCCGCCAUCCGCGCCUCUGACCUUGCUGGAUCGCGUCCAGAACAAGCCCGAUGUUGAGGAAGAUUUGCGAAAGCUGAGGCAGCAGAGAUUGAAGGAGCGAGGAGAUGCCGUCUAUAUCCCCCCUCUAGCCAAGGCCAAUUUGAAAGCGUCGGACGACGUCCUAUUUGCCUUGACGGAAAAGGUCGAGGAAUUCCUAGCCAGCACCGACCAGAAGGUGCUGCUUCUACUUGGCGAUUCGGGUUCGGGAAAGUCAACAUUCAAUCGCGAGAUCGAGCACAAAUUGUGGCUAAAGUACGAAAAAGUCAAAGGCCGGAUCCCACUUUACAUCAACCUGUCUGCCAUCGACAGACCAGAACAGGAUAUGAUUGCCAAGCAACUGCGCAAGUUUGAACUCUCUAAUUCUCAGAUUCGAGAGUUGAAGGCCCAGCGCAAAUUUGUCUUGAUCUGCGAUGGAUACGACGAGAGUCAAGAGAAACACAAUCUUUACACGACCAAUCGCCUGAACCAGACAGGAGAAUGGCAGGUGCAGAUGGUGGUCAGCUGCCGUAGCGAAUACAUUGGGCUGGACUAUCGUGAUCUUUUCCAGCCGUCAAACGACAUCACAGAGUUUCAAGAGGCUGUCAUUGCUCCCUUCUCCAGGGCCCAAGUCGAUGACUACUUAGCAAAGUAUGUGAUCACCAAGGCGCCGCUGUGGACCACGAAACAGUACGUGGAUGUGCUCGACCAGAUUCCCAGUCUUCAAGAGCUGAUCAAGAAUCCAUUCCUGUUGACGCUUUCUCUGGAGGUUUUGCCCCGACUCGUGGAUCCAGGCAACAAUCUCACGACCACCAGGAUCACGAGGGUCGCUCUGUAUGACGAAUUCGUUGGGCUUUGGCUGGAGCAAGGAAAAAAACGACUUGGAAACAAGGACCUGAACCCACAAGCACGAGUUGACUUUGACAGAUUGACCGAUGAAGGCUUUACUCAGAACGGCAUCAGUUUCUUGAAGGACAUGGCAAGUGCAAUCUACAAGAACCAGGCGGGCAAUCCUGUGGUGACCUAUUCCCGUAAACAAGACCAUGGGAAAUGGAAAGAAGCAUUCUUCUCCCGAGAGAAUGAGAGUCAGCUCUUGCUGGAAGCCAGUCCGCUUAAACGCAGUGGGAUCCAGUACCGUUUCAUCCACAAGUCCCUGCUAGAGUAUUUCUUUGCGCGCUCAGUCUUUGAACCCCAGGAAGGCAAGGAAAACUCCGUUCAAGCUGCAGCUCCAGCUAGACGGGGUAGUGUCAGCUCUAUAUUCAGCUUUGACGAUCAACUGGUGCCAGAUAAGGACGACGAGCCAGUCACAACCCAGCCAUUUACAGCCGAUCAUCCUUUGUCGUGGAGAAGUUUUAUGGCAGAGCCCUCCAUUCUGGACUUUUUAUCCGAACGCGCGCAGCAAGAGCCACUCUUCAAGGACCAACUUCUCGCUAUGAUUGAACAAUCCAAAUUUAACAAAGCGAUGCGCAAGGCAGCGGCCAAUGCCAUCACGAUUUUGGUCAGAGCUGGCGUACGAUUUAAUGGGGCGGAUUUGAAAGGCAUCCAGAUUCCACGAGCAGAUUUGAGUGGCGGGCAAUUCGAUUCCGCUCAGCUGGAAGGGGCAGAUUUGAGAAUGGCAAAUCUUCGCAAUACGUGGCUGCGUCAGGCCGACUUCAGCAAGGCGCAGAUGGCAGGCGUACAGUUUGGCGAAUGGCCGUACCUGCAGGAGAGUAGUGAGGUCUUGUGCUGCUCAUAUUCACCGAACGGGAAAACCUGUGUCUUUGGCCUUGCAAACGGCACGAUCAGUGUGUACGAUACCAUGACUUGGACGAAGACCCACACCUUACAAGAACAUACCAGCAGUGUUAGGAGCGUGGCUUAUUCCCCCAGUGGUCACCAGAUUGCAUCGGGCAGUGACGACAAAACUGUGCGGCUGUGGGACACGCAAACCGGCGAACCUGGCCCCGUCUUAAGUGGCCAUGCCAAGGCUGUUAAGAGCGUGGCUUAUUCUCCCAGUGGUCACCAGAUUGCGUCGGGCAGUUACGACGAGACUGUGCGGCUGUGGGACACGCAAACCGGCGCACCUGUCCACGUCUUAAGCGGCCAUGCCAACUCUGUUAAGAGCGUGGCUUAUUCUCCCAGUGGUCAUCAGAUUGCAUCGGGCAGUUGCGACAAGACUGUGAGGCUGUGGGACACGCAAACCGGCGCACCUGUCCACGUCUUAAGCGGCCAUACCGACUUUGUUAAUAGCGUGGCUUAUUCUCCCAGUGGUCACCAGAUUGCAUCGGGCGGUGACGACGAGACUUUGCGGCUGUGGGACACGCACACCGGCGAACCUGGCCCCGUCUUAAGCGGCCAUACCGAUUAUGUUGUAAGCGUGGCUUAUUCUCCCAGUGGUCACCAGAUUGCAUCGGGCAGUUAUGACAAGACUGUGCGGCUGUGGGACACGCAAACCGGUGCACCUGGCCACGUCUUAAGCGGCCAUACCGACUAUGUUAAUAGCGUGGCUUAUUCUCCCAGUGGUCACCAGAUUGCAUCGGGCAGUUACGACAAGACUGUGAGGCUGUGGGACACGCAAUCCAGCCCACCUGGCCCCGUCUUAAGCGGCCAUGCGAAUGCUGUUGAGAGCGUGGCUUAUUCUCCCAGUGGUCACCAGAUUGCAUCGGGCAGUUGCGACGAGACUGUGCGGCUGUGGGACACGCAAACCGGCGCACCUGGCCACGUCUUAAGCGGCCAUACCAACUAUGUUAUAAGCGUGACUUAUUCUCCCAGUGGUCACCAGAUUGCAUCGGGCGGUUACGACACGACUGUUCGGCUGUGGGACACGCACACCGGCGAACCUGGCCCCGUCUUAAGCGGUCAUGCCAAUGCUGUUGAGAGCGUGGUUUAUUCUCCCAGUGGUCACCAGAUUGCAUCGGGCAGUUGCGACAAGACUGUGCGGCUGUGGGACACGCAAACCGGUGCACCUGGCCAUGUCUUAAGCGGCCAUACCAACUAUGUUAUAAGCGUGGCUUAUUCUCCCAGUGGUCACCAGAUUGCAUCGGGCAGUUAUGACAAGACUGUGCGGCUGUGGGACACGCAAACCGGCGCACCUGGCCCUGUCUUAAGCGGCCAUACCAACUAUGUUGAUAGCGUGGCUUAUUCUCCCAGUGGUCACCAGAUUGCAUCGGGCAGUUACGACACGACUGUGCGGCUGUGGGACACGCAAACCGGCGCACCUGGCCCCGUCUUAAGUGGCCAUGCCAACGCUGUUAAGAGCGUGGCUUAUUCUCCCAGUGGCCACCAGAUUGCAUCGGGCAGUAGUGACAAGACAGUGCGUCUGUGGGAUGCGAAAUCGGGUCGAUGUCUAGUAGUUGUAAAGGAUUUUCAUGGACCAAUCAACGGCAUUGCUUGGAAAGCAACUCACGACGACAUCUAUUUGGUAACCGGCUGUGGUGAUACUUUUGUUCGCUUGUGGCAAAUCAUUGAAGAGAAGGGCAUCUUUCAGUCGCUCCUGAAAUGGAGUUCGGCACAUAACAGACUUACUGUGUCAGGCGCAUCCAUGGAAGACGCGCAAGGCUUGAGCAGGGUUAACAUGAGACUACUCCAACAGUAUGGAGCUGUGGGCGACCCAAAACCAGCGAAAACACUUCAAACUGCAGGCAACAUAAUGAGCACCGUGGUGUCUGCAGCAUCAAAGUUCGAGCAGUUGAGAAACAGCAAGAUGACAACGAGCUUGUUCACAGUAAAUUCGCUCAUUCAACAGCUGGACGUAUAG